GGGGAGAGGCGAGCAGAAACGGAAGUAAGAUUAAUCAACAACCUGAGUUACGAACUCGGGCAAAACUUUACCGUCGUUGAGCUCCCGCUGCACCGUUUUAACGUCAUUCUGUCGGUUACAAAUGCCGCACUAAUAUCUGGUGUGUUAUGGAGGAAGCGGCUCCCCGCGCGCCGUGGACCUGGUUCGUGUCUGAGCUCAGACUCGGUGGCUAAUGUCGCUCUUUGCAGCAGCUAAGUGAGCUAAGUUUGUCAGCUGACUAGAACUCACUGUGACAGCCUCAGAACGAGCUGUGGUGUAAUAUGCGCAGCUGCUGCUCUGUGCUCAGCGUUCACGAGGUUGUAGGAGUAGCUGGACCGUCUGCUGGCUGCCGUUGACUCGUCCUGGUACUUUUAUUUUUUCUGUGACUCUAACAGAGGCAGCUUGAUUCGCAAUGCUCGUGCAGCUGCUCCCACCUGUCAACUAGCCGCCUCCUCCGCUCCUCUCGUCCGAUGGCUCACUGCGGCUCCUCCGAGCCGAGCGCAAAGGCACAGGCACAGCCCCAGCAGCAGCCCCAGCAGCAGCAGCAGCAGCAGGGCAGCGUAGACCAGAGCAUGAAGCCGGUACUGUUCGAGAUCUUCGGCGAGAUAUGGACCGUCCAGUCGCGGCUUGGCCAGGGAGUCUCGGCCUCUGUGUACCGGGUCAGCUCAGGCAGAGCCACCACCGCCGCUGUGAAGGAGUUUCAGGCCGACACUCAGGGAGGAGAUUACGGGUAUCACAAGGAGAGGUCCGUGCUGGAAGACAUCCAGGGACAUAAAAACAUCGUGACACUGUACGGGGUGUUCACCAACCACAGCUGCAUGGGUGUCACCACCCGCUGUCUCCUUCUGGAGCUCCUGGAUGUCAGUGUGUCCGAGCUGUUGGUGAGAGGAAGCAGUGGUACCCAGGGUGGAAGACCCCAGCAGGGCCACUCCAUGUGGCUCCUCCAGCACUGUGCCAGAGACAUCCUGGAGGCUCUCGCCUUCCUUCACCGGGAAGGCUACGUCCAUGCCGACCUCAAGCCACGCAACAUUCUCUGGAGUGCCGACGACGAAUGUUUCAAGGUCAUUGACUUCGGCCUCAGCUUCAAAGAGGGAAACCAGGAUGUCAAGUACAUCCAGACAGAUGGGUAUCGCGCUCCAGAGGCUGAGCUUCAGAACAGUCUUGCCCAGGCCGGGGUAGAGAUGGAGGGGGACUCGGGCUGCACGGCUGCGGUGGACCUGUGGAGCCUGGGCAUCAUCCUGCUGGAGAUGUUCUCAGGAAUCAAACUCAAAGACACCGUCCGUUCACAGGAGUGGAAGGAUAACAGUGCUGCCAUUGUAGACCAUAUUUUUGCCAGCAACAGCCUGGUGUGCCCUGCUAUCCCUGUCUAUCACCUUAGAGACCUUAUCAAGAGCAUGCUUCUCAACAACCCAAAGCAAAGAUGCACAGCUGAAACUGCCCUGCUGAGCCCAUUCUUCAGUAUCCCCUUUGCUCCUCACAUUGAGGACCUGGUUCUGCUGCCCUCUCCUGUCCUGCGUCUGCUCAACCUGAUUGACGACAGCCAUCUGCACAAUGACGAAGAGUAUGAAGACAUCCUGGAAGACAUGAAAGAGGAGUGCCAGAAGUACGGCUCAGUGGUUUCUCUGCUCAUCCCCAAGGAGAACCCUGGGAAAGGACAGGUGUUUGUCGAGUACGCCAACUCCAGUGACUCCAAAGAGGCUCAGAGGCUGCUGACGGGCCGCACCUUUGACGGGAAGUUUGUUGUGGCUACCUUCUAUCCCCUCAGCGCCUAUAAAAGAGGGUACUUGUAUCAGACUGUGCAGUGAAGUCCUAAAGCUCAAUUUAUACCUCUGCUUUGUUUGCAUGAUAAAACACACAACAGCAACCACAGGGGAGAAGUCAUUUCCUCCCUAUGAAUAUAACUACAAUUAGCACACAGUCACAAGUUCAAAUGAUUACGUUCUAAUGAGUGUAGUUAAAGUUCUGCAUGUUCUCCAUGUGGUAAAUAUCUGUGUUUAUGCAGGGUGUAAAUUGAACUGCCCCCGGCCUAUACGCUACAGUCAGUGCACAUCCACGUAGUACUUUAAAGUGACCUGGAUCCAUCUGGGAUAAAGGUCUGUGGUCUGCAUACAGCAGUCCACCUGCUCUAUUUUCCAUUUCACUCUCAUAACAACAUGUGAGAAUCUGUUCUCUAAGUAGUUCUACAUAUCGAGCUUGUCCCAUCGCUCUUGAUAAACUAUCAAAAACACUUAAUGUCAUUGGUUUAGUGAGGGAUGUGAUCAGAAACAUGUAGCACUGAACAAGAAUUUUAGGUCUCCUGAAGGCAAACAAAAUCCCUCUCAACUGAAUAUUUCCUUCAGUAAAAUCCUGUUGUUAGAUGAGUGAUAAUAGUGAUAUUAUUGUUGCAUAUUUAUAUUUGUUACGCUGAACAAUUACUGAGAGGAACUGUGUGGUACAAGGGGAAAUACAGGUAUACUGUGCUUGGUUUCAGGAAGAGAUGGUUUGAAGUGACCUCGCUCUCUCUCCGUUAUCUGAGCAAGCCACAGGUUCCUUUAAUGCCCUGUCCUGUAGCCUUAUGCUUAUUUUAUAGCUUUUUUUUUUUUUUUGACGAAAGUCUGUGUACGUUCUUGUGUUUUGACUGCAACACUGAAAGGGCACAUGAGCAAGUAAAUAUUUUUGAGCACAUGCUGAAAAAAGGGUCAGAUUUGUCUGGCUUAUGCAGUUGAAACGACUGACGUGACCUUUUUCCAGUUGGAAAAUGAGUCAGUGAACAAAAAAUUGCUGCAGCUCCUCCGGUGGCAGACCGUCUUCUAGCAAACUAAAGCUAAGUAAGCUUUAAGUAGCUGUAAUUGUUAGUUUGUUGGUUUUGGUGUGAUAUGGAUUAGCGUAUAUAGCUAAAGCGUGGAGCAGUCUAUCACUGUUCAGUUAAAGCCACUCUGUGGAGAACGUUUGGAAUGCCGCAGGCUGUUUGUAGAGUGUGUCUCUGUGUUGCUUUCACCAGAGUUGGAAAUUUUCAAAUCCACAUAGUAGCUUUAAAGAUUGUGCUGUACUGCAAUGCAUGCAAGGUGAAUAGACAUUGAGCGGUGGCUAUUACACUAACUAUACAGGUACGUAAAUAAGCCACAAACAUCACCACGUCAUGUGGUGGCUGUUUUUGGAAUUCCCAAAAUGUAGGAUAAGGAAGUGUUUCACAUUUAUGGAAGUUUCAAGAAAUGUUGCUAGUUGCAUGAAAAUAUGUUGAGUUUUACGAAUCACAAAUGUGGCAUAAAAUGUGCAGUCUUGAAAGGAAGGUUUCAAAUUCUAUCAUUUUGUUAAGUUAUAUGGCUUAUAAUACAGUUUUAUUGUGUCCAGGGAGAAGCAUGAUAAUGUUGGACAGUGGUGACAAAGAGUCAGCAAGUGUGGUAUUUUGCAGUGGAAUGUACAUUUUGUUGUAGAACCAGAGAUUCUUUUGUCCUCUGUGUUUUAUCCUCUUGCUUCUACUUUAUGAUAACAGUGGAUAUUCAGUACCCGUGAAGCCCGCUCUGUCACACUGAAACAUUCAAUGAUUUCUACACAAGUGCCCUAUGACAUCGAAGCUAGCUAACGUACCAAAAUGCUGCUAUAACAACAGGUUGUGCUACACCUGCACACGUCCAUUCCUCACGUAGCCAAAUCUGUUGCAGAUGCCUUAGAGAAUAAUUCCCUUCCAGCAGAUGUAGUCCUGCCCAGUAACAAAAGCAGACUGUUAGAGACAACAAUAUGGAGCAGUGAUCUCUUUCAGUUUCUUAAUAAAGGUGCUCAUUUUCCAUUUUUCACUGGAGCCAGACUAUGUAACUUUUACCAAGUAAAAAUGGUGCAGAUUGUAGCUACAGUACAGGCUAAAGUAAUGGUAUUGGCUAAAUGCUAAUCUGCUAAAUAUUACAAAUGCUAAACUUUGUAUUUACCUAAACAGUCGCACAACUUCAGAAGUUAUACACUCACCAAACUGACUCAGUGAUUACUAUGGAGCCAUAUUUACCUUCCAUUUACUAAUUAGCCAUCAUUCACAAUAUUUUCAUGAUGGCCUCAUGUGACACUCAGCUAAAAUGUUGUACUACAAGUUAUAUAAAUGUAGGGAAUCUAUCAAGUCUUUAGCAUUUCACCUCUCCCCAGCAACUGAAACAAUGGACAAUGAAUAGAAAACAUCUGGAGGGUAAUUGGGCCAUAUAACCCCUUAGCUACUGUUAAACCAUUAACGUUAGCAUUAACCAUUAUUGUUAGCAUUAACAUUAACAUUAGCAUUACCAUUGACAUUAGCAUUCAACCACUUCCUGGCUAACAUUACCAUUUGAUAGUGUGUGGCAGCAGGAAAGACGUAAAUGAAUUCUAAAGCAUCUUGUAUGUGCAUCCUGCAUUUCUUUUAGAUGUGAAAUACACAGGAUGUGACAAGCUUGCAAUGUGAUGUUGGUGAUUAUCAUUAUCCUUUUAACAAUAGCUGAGCUAACCACCCUGAGCAUGACAUCAAAGGAAAACUGUAACUGCUGCGUAAAUACGGUAAAUACAACCAAGUCUGCCUGUAGCAGCAAACAUCCAGGUGAAUUUCAUGUCUCAUGGAUUCAACUUCUUAUUUGUAAGAGGAAGAAUGAGUUCUGACUUCUCUAAAAGUUGCAUAGUCUUGCUUUAAAGUUCUGGUGUGUGAAGAGAGGCAGGUUUACUCAUGUCGUAGAGCACAAAUAUAGAGCACUGCUCCAUCCAAAUGAUUUCAAUGUGAUUUAAAUAUGUAAGAGAGACUGGAUAUACAUGCAAAAUAAGAAACAGUGUUUUAAACUUAUGGACAUACAAGUGUUCAUCUGUCUAAGACUUAUUUUUAUUGAAUAAUGUCUCGCCUCUCCCUCUAUUUGAAAAUAUGUUUAAAUUCCACAACUUAAAAUAUGAAAACUAGAGUCAGACAAGACGUUGCAGUUUUGUCUUAUUUAAAUUUUACAAAGAAAAAAACAAAACAACCUAUUUUUCUACAAAAUUUAUUUGUAUGUUUGAAAUGUGAAUUCCAAAGUUUCCACUUGAGAGCAUCACUGGCCUCUAUUCAAAACUUGAAUUGGACUCCAACCAGCACUUUUGAAUGAGCAGUCUGUGGUAUGUAAGCAUGAUGGUCAGUGUUGUCAGGUACUUGUAACCAGUGAUCCUCAAAUAACAAUACCAGGUUUAAAACUAAAGAAUACAUUUUCUUCCACAAUUUUCCAAAAAACAAACUUCUGACAGUGUCCAGAUGUUCUUAUCAGGCUUUUGAAGAUACAUUUCAGAGUUGUUUCCUGCAGUAUAAUUAGGUUUUAAUUAACGUCCAGUGUAUAACAUUUAGGAGGACCUAAUGGCAAAAUUGGAAUGCUAUAGAUAUAACAACAAUGUUUCAAUUAAUAUCUAAUCACCUGAAAAUAAGAAUUGUCGUGUCUUCCUAACUUUAGAGGAGCACCAUGUUGCACAGCUGUGUUCCUACAGUAGCCCCGAAAUCAAACACUGCUUCUAGAGUGUGGCUUUCACUCUUUUUCAGCUUACAUGACAACCUAUGGUGGUAAUCGAGGGAUAUUCAGUUGGUUGAAAUCUGCAGCCUCACCACUAGAUGCCACUAAAUACUACUUUAAGUCCACUGCAAGAAUAAAUUCACCGCAGGUUUACUGCACCUGAUCAGAUAAUGAGAAUGAGCUUUACAUUCUGUGGCUUCCAAUGCUCUGUGAGGAGAGUCUGGACUCUCUUUGUGUUUGAUGAUGCAUGACAAAUGAGCGUGUAAGUGUAAGUUGUGCUCUGUACAUGGCAUUGAGCUACUGUGCGAGUGUGCGAGUUGAUGAAUUUGAGGGGCUGUGUUAGUAAAAAAUAAUGUCAAAUGUCAAAAUAACAAAUGUUGUCCUUAGAUAACAGGAGCAUUUUCUGGAGAUAUCAAGAUAUCAAAAAGGUAGUCUGGUAUAUUAAAUCAUCAUUUAGUGUAGCAGUGUGAGAGGAACAGGACAAUGUAGCAAUUGCAGUGAUUUAAUAUACUACUCUAUCCUUUUGUUUUCUCAAGAUCUCAAAUGAAUUAUGUCGUUAUCUUGAGAUCUCGAGAAAAUGCCGUUUUCUCGGCAUAACAUCAUUUGUUCAUUUGAGAUCAUGACAUAAAUAACUCGAGAUCUCGAGAAAACAAAUGAAAUGAACUCGUUAUCAAGAGAAAAGGGAGUAAAUAAAUGUAUGGACGCAUGGAUGUUUAGGGCAUCCGUAACAUGAUGGUUAAUAUCGUGAAGUUUUGAGCUAGAAUGAACAUAGACUAUGUAGACUGUUCACUGAUAUGACUAUGCAAAGGUACUCAGAAGGCUGCUUUCUUAAACAAAAAACUUUAAGUGAAAUUUACUUUAACAUGUUAAAUCAUUUACCAUACAAAUUGUCUAGUUAUUAUUCUAGUUGUUAUUCUAGUUGACAUCACAGAGAGCUGUCGACUAGAAUGACUAGUUGUGCCGUGCUGCUUACCACAGCAUUGUAAAUCACAGUCCCACUGCUGGAUACACUGCGCAGUAACACCAAUGUAUUACCACAAGCAUUUCUUGUUUCAUAUCGGCACUUACGGGAUAACAUAUCUGCUGGUACCAAUAUGUCUGUGAUUGUAUGUGCAGACACUAGUGUGCGUCAGGUUAAUUUUGAAGUGAGAUAUCUUCACGAAAGUGACAUAGUUUCACAGAUCAUUAAUAUGGAGCGUUGUUAUCCUCACAUGUGCAUUCAGUGUGUGAUCUUCCACGCCUAAACUGAAGCUUCACUUCCCAAAGCUCUGUCCUGCCUCGUCUCAUAAGUUCAAAAGUUGCUUGGUCUCACUACUUGUUCAUAAUGGCUUUGAGUCGUCUUACGGAGAAAUGAACACUGAAGACAAAACAGAGAAACACAAAGGCAGAGUUAAGAGACGACAUAACCUACAUUCAUAAAUGAUAAAUGAUUAUCAUUAUUUACAGAUUAUUCUCAUGACAAUCCACUGAAUGCUGUAUUCAAAGCCACACUGCCAUUGUUAAAUGCACUGCAACACAGCCGGUUAAUAACUGCUUUGUUCAUUGGUUCGUUUGUCGUUUCAUCACAUACUAGAGGAUGGUACUGAUUCUGAAUCUGUUAACAGUACUGGUUGGCUGUAGUCAAGUGUUGGCUGUGUGUUAUUGUUAGCAUUAGGUUGUGUGUGGAGUUCUGUCAUUUUGUAGUUUCCAUAGAAAAGGGCAAAGCAGGUUUCUACUGAUGGCAGCACCUUAGAAUUAUAAUGUGACCGCCCUACCUUUACGGAUAAAUUUGAAUCUUAACCAGUGUUCUGUGAGUCUGGUGCUGGCCCUAUAAGCAUUAAUUAUCUAAGAAGUGAUAACCUGCUGCCACCAAGCUGUGAGUGGAAAUAUUUAGCAGGCUACUGUUGAUCUGAAUGAUAUCAAGUUAGGAUCAGCAAAAGCAGCUGUUUUUUGGUGUUUGUUUACACGAUGAUUAUCACUUUUCUAUUAUUAUUUUAUGGUUAUGGAUUUUUUUUUAUUUUUAUUCAGCUUUCACAUUUUUGAUCCAAAUGUUUUGUGCGCACUACGCAGGUGAGGAGAGACACCCGUUGCCUGUAUGAAGCCGCAUACACACAAACAGUCUUCAUUUCUCACUGUUUAUAUUUAACACCCUACUAAUGUGAUGUGUGCACGUGGUUUAACACUCACUGCCACAGUUAAUCAUCAAGGGACACAAUCCAGUUUGACCUGAUUUAAAUGUCAGGCAGCAUCUCGGGACAAAAGAUUCAAGUGACACAUUAUCUAGCAGUUUGGGACAAUAUGCAAAUUAAAACCGCAACUAAGCAUUCUUUUUAUUAUCCAAGAAUCGGUUGAUUAUUGUGACGAGCACAGUGUUUGUCAGCAGGGACAGUGAGGGGACAGAGUCUGAUGUUUUUUGUUGACCUGGAAGUGAUUUUAUUCCAGUAAUUACUUAAUAUUGUAGAGCUGUGAGGCCGUCCAAGCUGCUACGGCUUCAAACACAGGACAGACAGAGGCCGGUGUGAAGCUUCCUGUCCUGUUUGUCUUCAUGCUCGGCUCAGUUUUCGUCCAGUUCUCCAUGCGACUUCAAACCCCACAGAGAGCAUCUUAGAAGUGUUUCUGCCCAUCGGACUUUGUUAACUUGCUCAGAUUUGUUUCCCUUUGGGCUGUUUUAUUUUGAAAAUUGACCAGUUUUUCUAUGCCGUUUCUGUGUCUGACUUCCUGCUAGCAUGAGCUGAUCUGUGCAGAUUGGCCCUGGCUGCUUGCAGCAUUUGGCAAAUAUAGCGGAGGGACUGGUGGGAUUUGAAACACUGACUAGAAGGGCCAGCAGACACGGCGCACACAGGACACGUGUCAUCCAUGCCUGUGGGAAUUUAGCCUUGCUUUGAACAACUACUUACUCUUAAACAAGAUUCUGACCCGUCUUCCAAUGUCUCCAAAUUCAUUUAUUGUGUGUGGACACUAAAGGGACGUCACAGGAAAUAACAGCAAAAUCCAAACAUGCAGCAAAACGUUGUUUUCCAUUGACAUGGCAUUACGUGAUUUCUGGGUGUUUUUAAAGUCUUAACAUCUUAAACAUUUACUUCUCACUGCCAUUUAGUUUUGUCAAGUGCAGCUUUAGGUUUAUUUUUCAUUUUUUGUCAUUAAGGACAGACAGUGAUUUUUCCUUCUAUUUUAUGUUGUUGCUGCUCAGAGAUUUCGUUUUGUGCACUGACAGAGAUUUAGGGCUCUGGUUUAAUCUUUCAUGGCACAUGACUUUGAUAAGCUCCUAGCACGUUUGUGCAUUUGUGUGUGUCUAGAUAAUUUGGAGAAAGUCUGUGCGCUAGUGUAAAGGACGGAGUAGCAGUAACAAAGUUAUCAUUUUUGGAGGCAGUGCUUGUAAGUUGCUGGAGCUGUCUACCUGUGUGCAUGGCAUGUCUGUAUGAGACAGAUAUGUAACUUUGUGUGUGUGUGUGUGUGUGUGUGUGUGUGUGUGUGUGUGUGUGUGUGUGUGUGUGUGUGUGUGUGUGUGUGUGUUUGUGUGUGUGUGUGUGUGUGUGUGUUUGUGUGUUAUACUGAAGGGCUGUAGGCCUGUUUGCUUGCAAAAGGCAAUCUCAAAUCAUCCGAAAUCAUUUUAAAGGCCGGUGUGAUUAAAGGUCACUUUGGAACUGAAUAUGCAAAAGUGCAGCCAGACACUUAUACUGUGAUAUUUAUAGUAUCCAUUCCUAACAACAAAGCACACAUUAUUUAAAGGUUGAUCUUCAAAUUAUUUACAGCACAGAACCUUCAAAUAUACAUCUGUUGGUUCAUUUUACAUUUGAUGUCAUACGUGAAGUGUUUACAGGUGGUGCAAAAGAACUGUGUGAAUGAUCUCAGCUGCAAUAACUGAUUGAUUUUGGUGGAUCAGAAAACCAAAAGAAAAACGUUCCGAAAUACACUAAAAUGCUCAAGUAAGCUGCAGAGUCGGGUGAUAAUUUUCGCUCUGUGCGUUUCGCAACACGAAAGGAAAAGAGAGACUCACUUCUACAUUGAACAAAGUUCUUUGAUCCACGUGGCUUUAAAAAUAUUGAUAAGUGCAGCUUGAAAUGCACAUGUCACUUUUGAAUAUUUUGGCAUUUUGAUACAAAAUGGUCCCAAACCUAAAAAGCUUUAAAACUUAAAAAAAGCUUGAACUUAAUGCUAUCAUCCAAUCAGGUUUUGUUGAAGGCAUAGAAACACCACAUUUUUUUUGAUCAGGAGGGAGCGGUAUUAUGCAUUAUCAUUUUGAGUCUGAACAGCUCAAAAAAUUCAUGGCACCAUCGUGUCAUUUUUUAAAAAUAUCAAAAGACAAUCCUUACGACAAUUGUUGCCUUUUUUUGGUCGAGAUUUUCCUUUAAGUUUGAGGAGUACAGCACUUGUGUUAGGUAGGUGUUAGGUAACACUGGAUGAUAUGUCGAAGAAGUGGGUUGGUUGAUUUGGCCAGAUAAAUUCUACUGAUUUGUCUCAAAGAAAAAAAUUAAUAAAUAAAGAGUUUGUGUUCAUUUCUCAGAUAAUCCAUCCUCAGUGAGUGAGCAGUUCUGCUUCAGGAAAUGUCUCACAGGUCAAACUGGACGGAAAGCUGAAAUGAUUGUUAUUUUUGUUUCAAAAACUUCUGAUUGAAGGGAAGCACAAUGUGAGGAGGUCACUAUGCAAAGACACACAACAUGUAUGAAAGUGAGUGCAUCCAUGCUUUACAGCCUUUCAGUUGACGGUAAAUGAUGGCACUCAUGCUGUUGUGUUUGAGUAUCUCAAAAUAAAAAUAAUGCUUGACUUAAA